GCAUUGCAUUGGCUCGCUGAGGUUGAAGGAAAUCCGGUCAAUAGAGCAACAUAACAGAGUCGGUCAGGUACGGGCACAAACGGUCCAAAUGUUGGGUUUGGUGGCGUCAAAGCCCGACGAUAAAUCCCGUUCAUUUCAGAUGGCUUGAGAGGGGGAUAUAUCACUGGCUACGAAUAACCGGUAACGUCUCCGGUGUGUUGUUAUUUCUCCGCCCACUCCGGAAAACUCAACCGAGUCGUCGUUAUUUCUGUUUUUUAAGGUGACGUGGAGUCGGACCCCCUCUUCUACACUGGCUGUUGUGUCAAUAAAAGUACUUGAUGUACCCGGAUAUGACUGUGUAAUGAAUGCAUAAUAGGUCGGGACGUUGCAUCGAGGAUUUCUAAAGAUGUUUAGCUGUAAAUCUUUACAUUGAGCUCCAGUAUCGGCGCACACCGGAGCCGAGAGGAGGCUGUCGGGGCCUGGAGUCCGAGGAAUCCGGCGGACAGACAGGUUUUGUUGGAUCUGCAGCAUCGGGACUGUGAUAUAACAGUGAUACUGGGGUUAUGCAGUGUGGAAUAGGACACCUGCCAGGUGGCUGCCAGAGGACGAUGGGCCUGCACUGCGUCUUGAUCCUGUGCUUGUUCUCAGGCUGGGCAGUGGGCUACAAGCAGGGGGACAACGUGACUCUCUAUGUCAACAAAGUGGGCCCUUAUCACAACCCCCAGGAGACGUAUCACUACUACACCCUGCCUGUUUGCAGGCCCGAGAAGGUGCAUCACAAGUCCCUCAGCCUGGGAGAAGUGCUGGAUGGUGACAGGAUGGCAGAGUCGUUGUAUCACAUCCGUUUCAGAGAGAACGUGGAGAAAAAAACUCUUUGCCAGCUGAUUCUUUCGGAGAAACAGGUGGAUGAGCUUCGUGAGGCCAUCGAGGAGCUGUUCUACUUUGAAUUUGUCCUGGAUGAUAUUCCAAUCUGGGGGUUCGUGGGGUACAUAGAGGAGAGCGGCUUCCUGCCUCACAGCCACAAGGUGGGUUUGUGGACUCACCUAGACUUCAACAUCGAGUACAACGGCGACUCAGUGAUCUUCGCCAAUGUGUCAGUAAAAGACGUCAAACCUGUUCCCCUGGAGGAUGGGGCGGGUGCAGCGGUGGGCGGAGUCGGGGUGGGUGGAGGCAGCCUGACGGUCACCCAUACCUACAGCGUGCGCUGGUUUGAGUCCCCUCUUCCUCACGGCCGGAGAGCAGAGCGCCUCCGAGACUACUCCUUCUUCCCCAAAACACUUGAGAUCCACUGGCUGUCGAUCAUCAACUCACUGGUGCUGGUGGUGCUGCUGCUGGGCUUCGUCAUCAUCAUUCUCAUGCGGGUUCUUAAGAAUGAUUUUGCCAGGUACAAUGUGGAGGAGGAAGGCGGCUGUGAUGAUCUGGACCAGGGAGACAACGGCUGGAAGAUCAUACACACUGACGUCUUCAGGUUUCCCCCUUACAAAAGCCUGCUGUGCGCCGUGCUGGGAGUGGGGGCUCAGUUCCUUACCCUUGCCACAGGAAUCAUUUUCAUGGCAUUGCUGGGAAUGUUCAACGUGCACCGCCAUGGUGCCAUCAACUCUGCAGCCAUUGUCCUGUACGCUCUGACCAGCUGCGUGUCGGGCUACGUGUCGUGCAGCUUCUACACACAGAUCAACGGCCAGCGCUGGGUGUGGAACAUCAUCCUCACCUCGUCGCUCUUCUCCGCUCCUCUGUUCCUGACAUGGAGCGUAGUGAACUCAAUCCACUGGUGGAGCGGCUCCACUCAGGCUCUGCCGGCCACCACUGUGCUCCUCCUGCUGGGUGCCUGGGUGCUGGUGGGCUUCCCGCUCACCGUCAUCGGUGGCAUUGUGGGAAAGAACCGAGCCGGCAGCUUCCAGGCGCCCUGCCGUACUCGCAACAUCGCCAGGCAGAUCCCUACACAGCCCUGGUACAAACACACAGCGGUACACAUGGCCAUCGGCGGCUUCCUGCCAUUCAGUGCCAUCUCAGUGGAGCUGUAUUACAUCUUUGCCACCGUUUGGGGCAGAGAGCACUACACCCUGUAUGGCAUCCUGCUGUGCGUCUUCGCCAUCCUCCUCUCAGUGGGCGCCUGUAUCUCUGUGGCACUCACCUACUUCCUGCUGUCUGGCGAAGACUACCGAUGGUGGUGGCGGAGCGUGCUCAGCACCGGCUCCACCGGCCUCUUUAUCUUCGUCUACUCUGUUUUCUACUACCGGAACCGGUCCUCUAUGAGCGGCCUGGUGCAGAGCACCGAGUUCUUUGGCUACUCUCUGCUCACAGCGAUGGUCUUCUCACUGAUGCUGGGCAGCGUGUCGUUCUGGGCUUCACUGGCAUUUAUUCGCUACAUCUACCGUAGCCUUAAGAUGGACUAGACAUUAAAAUGUGUAUAUGCAGACACACAGCUACAAACACACAUUACCACAUAGCACACAUGGACAACCCUCAUCCUCCUUUCAGUCAUACACAGCACACACAAAUACACACCUCCUAUGGGGUCAAUGGGAGGAGAAACAGGGGCCUUGAUAUGACAGGAGCUAGAGAAUGAACUAGACCUGUCAUUGUUGGAAUAAGGGAUAGUAGGCUGGAUAAAUGGACAGUUGAAGGUAGAGCUGGGGGGGUGUUAUGUAUUUAAGGAUAAAAUGGAAUAUUUCGGUACAAAGGGAUGAGUGUGUACCAUCAAGAGUAAAUGGGUAAAAUGUAUGAUACGUGUGUGAAUGGAUUUAAUCAUUAUAUGAUGCAGUGUGGCAUCAUCUCAUGUCAUGGCAGGGUAGGAUCUACACAUUGUUUUCCCUGCAUUACACUGGUCACCCAGUGAGACAGCUGAUAGUUUUAGUUAAUUGCAAUUAUACUCUUCCCCCACACAUACAAUUGUGGCAGCCUAUUCAAAAUAUAAUAAACAUUGUUUUGCACUGGGCCUGUCGAGCUCCACAUGGCCCUGCAGUGGAUAAGAGGAACGAUUGAAGAGCUCUUGCAAAACGUUGGUGAUGGGAGCGAUAUUGUCAUUGUAUUCUAUAGUCACCAUUGACUGAUUUUGGUUCUGAUGUAAAUAUAGUCUUUUCAAUAAAAUGCUUUUAAUACAA